CUUUUGCGCGUCAUCUCUAUGGUCGGCGUGGUCCUGCGGUUCUGUCAGGCAAUGGUGUAGACACCUUGUUUGGGGACCUGUCCUGUGCCAGCAGUUCCGUGUCCACGUCUUCGGUGGGGGAUGUAUUUGGAGGAGACACUCAGUGACACACCAUAGCGGAAUUCUUCUUGCGUCCCGUGCUUGUGAGGUCAUGUUUUUGCAUUUGUGAUCUAAAGUAGAGAAAGAAGUUCAAAUAUGUCUUGGUUUACUGAUCUGGCAGGGAGGGCCGAGGGUUUUCUGAAUUUAGUUGAUCAAGGAGCUGCAACAGCUCUGAAAAACAAAGAUGGAAAUGGCCUAAUCAUGGGUAGCACUACUGACUAUGCAGAAAAUUAUGAAGAGAAAACGCAGACCACUGAGAAGUAUCAAUCACAGGCAAAAUCUAGCUUCAUCUCAUCUGCAGCUGAUAAUAUAAAACACCAAAAAGCAACCAUGUUAGCUAGUACGGCUAAUAUAAAAACUGGGACUAAGUCAUCUAUAGAAAGCUCCCAUAAUUCUUCAGUAAAUGUCUCAUCACAUAGGUCUACCAGUCAGUUUGUGAGAAGAAAGAAGUCUGAGCCUGAUGAUGAACAGCUGUUUGACUUUCUCAAUAGCUCAGAUAAAGUGCACAGCGGGAGUCAAAAAGAAACAAGGAAGGAAUCUGCUUCACUUAAUCAGUCUGCAAAACCAAUCUCUCAGAGUGUCACGAUGGCUGAGGACUUCCACAAUACAACUGAAGAUGCUGGGGGUCCAUUACAUCCUGAACUUGGAAUAACUGAACCUGUGGUCAAAGCAGAAACAUUACCAGACUCUGUGGCUAGUACUAGCCUUUCAACUACUGAAAACCCAAAGUCACAUGAACUGUCUAACUUACGAUUGGAGAAUCAGCUAUUAAGAAAUGAGGUGCAGUCUCUCAAUCAAGAAAUGGCUUCUCUAAUUCAGAGGUCCAAGGAAACACAGGAAGAACUGAAUGAGGCCAGGACGAGAAUGGAGAAGUGGAAUGGGGAUAAUUCCAAAAAUGACCGAACUGUGAGGGAACUUCGAGCCCAAGUGGAUGAUUUGAGUGAGGCUAUGACUGCAAAGGAUUCCCAGCUGGCUAUCCUGAAGGUCAGACUACAGGAGGCAGACCAGUUGCUGAAGAGUCGAACAGAGGCUCUGGAAACCCUCCAGAGUGAAAAAUCUAGAAUAAUGCAGGACCAAAGUGAAGGGAGCAGUCUUCACAAUCAGGCAUUACACACCAUGCAAGAGAGACUUCGAGAAGCAGAGUCAACACUGAAAAGGGAACAGGAAAAUUACAAACAGAUGCAGAAUGAGUUUGCUACCCGAUUGAGUAAAAUUGAAGCAGAGCGUCAGAAUCUGGCAGAAGCUGUCAUCCUGGCAGAGAAGAAGCACAUUGAAGAGAAGAGAAAGAGUGAGGAUUUGCAGCAGCAGCUGAAAACAUCCAAAGUUGGAUUAGAUUCCCUGAAACAUGAAAUGGCUGAUUACAAACAGAAAGCAACACGAAUACUACAGUCCAAAGAAAAGUUGAUAAACAGUCUGAAAGAAGGAUCUGGUAUUGAGGGACUGGACAGUCACAGCGCAAGCACCAUGGAGCUGGAGGAGAUGAGACAUGAGAGAGACAUGCAAAGAGAGGAGAUCCAGAAGCUGAUGGGGCAGAUCCAGCAACUGAAAGCUGAGCUGCAGGAUGUAGAGACCCAGCAGGUGAGUGAGGUGGAAUCUGCCAGGGAGCAGUUGCAGGAUGUGCACGAGCAAUUAGCUACACAACGAAGAGCCAAGCAAGAGCUGGAUGCAGAACUGGAACGUCAGAAGCAGGAGUUUCAGUUCAUGCAAGAGGAUCUUUACAGGACCAAGAAUACACUACAGGGAAGAAUCCGAGACAGAGAGGAUGAGAUUCAGAAACUACGGAAUCAGCUUACCAACAAGGCCCUGAGCAGUAGCAGUCAAACUGAGCUGGAAAAUCGUCUUCACCAGCUGACUGAAACUCUAAUACAGAAGCAGACCAUGCUGGAAAACCUAAGCACUGAGAAGAACUCGCUAGUGUAUCAACUAGAAAGGCUUGAGCAUCAGCUGAAGAGUGUACAAGGGAGUAGCUUGAAUGGAUCUUCUAUCAACAUGUCAGUAAUAGACAGCAAUGAAGGUGCCCGAAUGAGAAAUGUUCCAGUACUUUUCAGUGAUUCAGACGCUAACGUUCCUGGGAUGUAUGGCAGAGUUCGGAAGGCAGCAACCACUAUAGACCAAUUCAGUAUACGUCUAGGAAUAUUUUUAAGAAGAUAUCCUAUUGCAAGGGUGUUCAUUAUAAUUUAUAUGGCCCUGUUACACCUCUGGGUAAUGAUUGUUCUUCUGACCUACACACCAGAAAUGCACCACGACCACCCCUCUGGAAAAUAGCAAGCGAGGCCCAAGAAGUGCAUCCUUAUUAGCAGAAGUGCCAUAUUAUUCAGCCACCAUUCAACAGGUGCAAUCAUUGCAUCUAAGGUCUCUGUAUAUUUUUAUGGGUACUUAAACUACAACCUUUAGACAGUUAAUGUAUAAAAUGAUUUCUGGUGACUGGUAUUCUAAUCCUUUUCCUUCAAUAGGUGUACUUUGGUACAUGGAACGGUAAAUGCCUAAACUGGCACUUUUUAUUUAUUUUCACAGUCAAUAUAAGUCUGAGGAGCAAAGAUGGCAGGGAGGUGGACAAAAAUGACUUUACUUUGCAGAUACUUAGCUAAAUUGUCCAUUUCCAUCACCCAAAAAUAAUUUAUAACGGUAACAUGGAACAUCAGUACAGCAUGUUCUACUGGCACCUUACUGUGUAUCAGGGCACUCUUUCUGUGCCCAAGAAAUUAUUCACUAGUUACAUUUUCCUAAUCUGUCCAGUACUGAGCUGAUUACUUGGAUUUUGCAAUACUUAUAAUAAUAAUAAUAUUUAAUUCAUUCUUUAUUUUAAGGGGCAGAUUUAUUAAGGUUCGAAUUAUAAAUUCGUAUUAUAAAUUAAAAUGUUCAGUUGGAUUUUUGGUCAAAACUCACAAAUUUGCGUUGGGAAUAAUUCAAAAUCAUAUUCGAGAUUUAUCAUACCUUGACCCUGGGAACAACUCGAAUUCAACUAGUCGUCACUUAAAACGUGCCGAGUUCAUGUAGAAGUCAAUGGCAGAGGUCCAGUGAACUAUUUGAAGAUGUUAAUAGCCUUCGAGGAAAAAAACGAUUUCGAACGAGUUUCGAGAAUUCGAUUCCAGUUUUCAGGUCGGUAAUAUUUGAACGAGUUUUAGACUUUCCAGUUUUUUCUUUAAUAAGAUAUUAUCUGAGUUUCGAGGUCAUUCGAGGUAAAAAAAAAAACUCGACCUUUGAUAAAUCAGCCCCUUAGUGUAAGAAUAUGAUUAUGCUCCUAUUCCUCAUCUUCCUCAAACUACUAUUGCACUUGUAAAAUUUUAAAUGUAAAUAGAUAUUUUUUUUUCUUUAAUCUGUAAACUGACUGGCAGGACUGUCAAAUAACGUGCAAUCUUUUAGUAAAUAAAUGUAAAAUAUGAUCACAACA